CUUGUGCUCGGUAGCUAAAAUAUUAUAUUUUGGCUCUUCGAAUAUUUAUUGGGAUGGACUCUAUAUAUGAAUCUAAAAAAAAUCAUGUAAUAUUUAAAGUGUAUGAUCCUGAAGCUAAAGUUGUAACGUAAGCUUCUGGUUGAGAGCGUUUUACUCAUCUUCAAUAUAUUAAUGGCGGCCCUGCGCAGUAUGCCUGCACGUAUGUUUUGUGCGUUUAUGCCACAUUCAAAGUAAAAUAUAAAAAACUCAUUAUUUCCGCCUACCAGUGUAGUUGAAUUUGCAAAGUGACUCCUGUAGCAUUUACUUGUUCAUACAAUGAGUUUACUCGACUUGAUCCACAGCUCUUGAGUCCAAAUCAUGUGGAAUGAAUAUUUUAUGAAUUUUUAAUAAAUGGAACUAUCAAUGUAAAUUUGGCGAUUUUUUCAACAACGUCUUGAAAUACUUUUAUUGAUGUAUAUAGCUACUAUACCGACUAACUCAUAACAUAACUGUGGACUGUGGAGGUACAGUUAUGUGCUACAAACCAAAUGUUACAAAAUCUGAGGCAGCAUAUGCCAAAAUCCUAGUUCUAGUAGUUUUGAUAGAAUAAUCUUAUGUUGUAAGUAAGGGAUAUUGUUAAUCAGCUAUUGCAACUGUUGUUUUUAUACCCUUGUUAUUUCACCAUAACAGUGUUGUGUCAUACUGACCCGUUUCAUAUUAUUAGUUCAUUUUAUUUAAAUAUUUGUAAUAUGCUUACUUUUCUAUUUUCUGCACAAAUUGCCUCAUUGUAGUUUUGUACCAUGGUGACUUAAAAUUCUAUAAUUGAGUGACUUCUAUAUUCUGCACGAAUUGCCUUAUUUUAGUAUUGUGUGACUACAUAAUUUAGUGACUUUCAAAUUCUGUGUGAACUUCCUUAUUGAACAGUUGUGACUUCUAUAUUCUGCAUGAAUUGCCUGAUUGCAAUACAGAACCGUUGUGGCCUCAAAUUUCUGUAAAUCAGUGACUUUUAUGACUGUAUGUUCUGCAAGAAUUUAGUAUUUGUAACUUACUGUAAUUACCUGGUUUAGUGGCCUUUUAAUAUAGAUACAUUUUAUUCCUAUUUUCUUCAUGUAUCAAUUCGUCACCAGCCUUCAGAAACCACAGAACCAUGCAUCCCUCAAGCUUUGCAACUCAGCUUGCGUUAUCCGGCCCCAGUUACAUUACUGUUACCCUCAAACAUACUUAUGCCAGAAACAAUGUUAAUAUUUUAGCGUUCGUCUCUUCACUUUAAUUAGAUUUUUCACUUUGUCUUUUUACUCUUGUAUGACCUCAAUGUUAGACUUUUCAUAUGUGUCACCGCUGCCAGUAAUGCAUUUUUUUCUCCUCUUACCUCGUUCUGUAUGCACAGUGUGUAUUUCUAAUAUGGUGCUAAAAUAAACUACCGAUUACCUCUGUAUUAGUCUUUCGUUCGCAUAUGUGUUAUUCCUAAUAUGUGUCGCAUAUGUGUUAUUCCUAAUAUGUGUCGCAUAUGUGUUAAUCCUAACCCCCACAUGACUAUGUCACCGAAAAAUUACUUCAUUACGACGCCACAAUAGCGUAAAGAAUACCUCCAAAGUGUACCGAUGGUAUGAGAGACCGCUGGCGUUCGUGAGUUCGGUAUCGUCGGCGCAGAUGCCAUCUCGGACGAUGAUAGCUAUACUUGCCAUCUCUGUAACGUGAUUGUGACGUAAUUUUGGAUGACAUAGUCAGGUGGGGGUUAGGAAUAACACAUACAAAAUUUGUUAUGCUACGCCUACCACAAGUACGGUACUUGUGGUACUAAACUAUACUAGAUCCCAAAAUUUAAAGAGAUUCCACAGAUAAUUACACUGAACAAAUUCAAAUAAUUUAUACUGAUAUAUGUGAUUACUUAGCAGAAAUGUUUCAUUUCAUGGCAAAGGUACACAUUGAAGAUAUAACUGACAUUAAUUUACUUUGAUUUCCCAAGUUAAGAAAACAAUCAAUCAUAUUAAAUUUGAAAAGAGUAAGAGUACUGCAUAAUAUUUUUACCACUAUGACUAAAAUACACUCUGAUGCGAUUUCUGCUCUUCUGAGACUGGAUAUGCCUCAUUUCUCUCUUUUUUUCAUAGCUUUUAUAUUCAUAUAUAAAUAUAUUUACUGUAUCAACCCUCAUUUCUGUAUUUAGAUUCUAUGAAUUUUACAAAAAUAAAACAACAACAUGUUGUUACAAAAUAGCCGUCACAUUCAAUCGUACGUGUAUUUUCAAAAUUCAUUUCGCUUCAUCAGUGGAUACAAGAAUAAUCCAGAGAAUAUUCGAAUUGAUAAACAUCCAUCCAAUGUUACAGAAGAAGACUUGGAACGUCAGCGAGUCAAACUUGCUAUUGCUAGAAAAGCAAAACCAAAGAUCUCUGGAUUUAACAAGAUUACUUAUAUGAGGUUGUUCAAACAGGCUGAAGGACCAGACCCCAAUGCACAAUACAGGAACAGGCCUGAUCUUCCGACUUACAGAAGCAUUAAACGAUAUUUGGAAACUGCGGAGCGUGAACGGAGAAAACAAAGAGAUGAGGGAGUGUGGUGGAAAACACUGGAUUACUGGAUAAAAGAACAGGAAGGAAUGAAUGAUAAACUGAAUGAUAUUGGACAUGAACUGCUGAAAGAAAAAAGGGGUUAUAAAAUCAGGAGUAAAAAUAAAAUCGACCCUGAGUUGGAAAAGGCAGCGAGAGAAAGAACUCUAAUACUAGAUUGUGAUGAAAUUCUUUGUGAAUGGGAGAAAAGUAAUAUCGGGAUUCGUCAUAUUAAAGAAAUUGCACAUUACUAUAAUAUUUAUAAAGAUCUUUUCAAGGAUUGUGAUUUUCAUCCUGUUUUACAUAUGGAUGUGGAUUACGAAUGUGAAAAUGAACUUUCAAAUCCUGUGUUUUACGGUAACGAGUUGCUGCCAAGUGAAGUCGCGUCUGCUCCUACGAUUACAUUUCAACCAAAAGCUGAUAAAUUGUACACAUUGCUCCUGACUAACCCAGAUGAGCAUUUAGAGGACAAUGAUAAAGAAUAUGUCCACUGGCUUGUUGGGAAUAUUCCAGAAGGUGAUGUGUUGAAAGGGAAUACUAUAGUCGAUUAUUUACAACCCAUUCCAGCUCGCGGCACGGGUUAUCAACGCAUGAUUUUCGUACUGUUCGAACAGUCUGACAAAAUUGAUUUUAUUUCAGAACAAAGAGAAGCGCCAUGUACUUUACUACGAGAACGUGAUUUUUCAACUUUUGAGUUUUAUAAUAAACACAGUGCUCAAAUAACUCCAGUAUCUUUACGAUUUUUUCAAUGCAAAUGGGAUUUUACUGUAAAGAACACUUUUCAUCAUGUGUUAAAAAUGAAAGAACCAGUAUAUGAAUACGAAAAACUCAGCGAAAGGGAGAGACUUAGUGCACUUACAAAUAGACCCGAUGGAAAAACACUGCAAUGGCUUGCAAGGUUUAUGCCAAAAGAAAUGGUUUAUCCCGAUGGUAGUCCAGAGGCUGAGAAACUAAAACGGCAAGCUGCCCAAGACGCCUCUCGUGCAGUUGAAAACCCAAACCAUUCUCGGAGGCGCCUUGUUGAUCCUGUGUAUGUGAUGGGCAGAAUAUGAGACAACCCAGAAGAAAAUAGACGAUGUUUAAUAAUUAUAAUUAAAUAGUUGAUAUUCAAACGAAGUAAUAGUGUUACCACCUGACUGGUAUGUUUUAUGUAUCUCCACUGAGUUGUGAGGGGCAGAAUAUGGGGUAAAAACCCAGGAAAAAAAAUACAAAUACGAUGUUUAAUUAAUAAUCAAAUUUCAAGUCUAUUCAAACUAAGCAAGUGUUACCACUUGACUGGUAUAUUUAUGUUGACAUAAAUUUCCACCAAGUUCAGUAUCAUUCUGUUUUAGUUAUGUUCGGAACUCAAUAAUAUUCGCCAGUGUUUUUUACAUAAAUAGUAAAGAUGGUAUCGAUAUCAAUGAAAUAGAUCAUUUAUGGCUAAUGUAACCAAUUUGUAAAUGUUUACAGUAAAGAAAGAUCAACUUAGUUUGGCUGAAUAUCCACAUCUUGCUUAUGUUUAAAUUUUAUUAAAAUACUGUUUAUUGAAAA